UUGCCGUCCAUAUCUUCAUCGGACGGCUCCUAUGCUCUCGAACCUUCUCGAAUUUCGCACCCUCCUCCUCCUUUGCCCUACGCUCCCAAUCCCCAAAGCUUAUAAAACCAUCCUCAAGCUCCACUCCGUAUUCCUCCACUGAGAUCUGGAAGAGAAGCUCGAUAAACCCUAAUCGAGCUCUUCAGAUCUAUAAAUUUUCUUUCCCUCGUUUUUUUCUUUAAAGCUUUCGUUACCUUCGUUUGUUCUUUCUCCGCCGGCGAUAUGGCGAAAGGUGAAGGUCCCGCCAUCGGUAUCGAUCUCGGAACUACAUACUCCUGCGUCGGAGUAUGGCAGCACGACAGGGUCGAGAUCAUCGCCAAUGAUCAGGGUAACAGGACGACUCCGUCCUAUGUUGCCUUCACUGAUACCGAGCGUUUGAUCGGUGAUGCCGCGAAGAAUCAGGUCGCCAUGAACCCUAUCAACACCGUCUUCGAUGCGAAGCGGUUGAUUGGGAGAAGAUUCACCGACGCUUCCGUCCAGGGUGACAUGAAGCUAUGGCCUUUUAAGUUGGUCUCUGGUGUCGGAGACAAACCAAUGAUUGUUGUCACCUACAAGGGCGAGGAGAAGACAUUUGCAGCUGAGGAGAUCUCCUCCAUGGUGCUCAUAAAGAUGCGUGAGAUUGCUGAGGCUUAUCUUGGUACCACCAUCAAGAACGCAGUUGUGACUGUUCCAGCUUAUUUCAACGAUUCCCAGAGGCAGGCCACCAAGGAUGCCGGUGUUAUUGCUGGUCUCAAUGUGAUGAGAAUCAUCAAUGAGCCUACCGCUGCUGCCAUUGCCUAUGGUCUUGACAAGAAGGCCACAAGUGUUGGGGAGAAGAACGUGUUGAUCUUUGACCUUGGUGGCGGUACUUUUGAUGUUUCCCUGUUGACUAUUGAAGAGGGUAUCUUUGAAGUGAAGGCAACUGCUGGAGACACUCACCUUGGUGGUGAGGAUUUUGACAACAGAUUGGUGAACCAUUUCGUUCAGGAGUUCAAGAGGAAGAACAAGAAGGAUAUCAGUGGAAACCCCAGGUCUCUGAGGAGGUUGAGGACUGCUUGUGAAAGAGCGAAGAGGACCCUCUCGUCCACUGCCCAGACCACCAUUGAGAUUGAUUCUCUCUAUGAGGGCAUUGAUUUCUACUCUACCAUCACCCGUGCCAGAUUUGAGGAGCUCAACAUGGAUCUCUUCAGAAAGUGCAUGGAGCCAGUGGAGAAGUGUUUGAGGGAUGCCAAGAUGGACAAGAGCACUGUCCACGAUGUUGUUCUUGUCGGUGGAUCCACCAGGAUUCCCAAGGUCCAGCAGCUCCUUCAGGACUUCUUCAACGGCAAGGAGCUUUGCAAGAGCAUCAACCCAGAUGAGGCUGUUGCUUAUGGUGCUGCAGUCCAAGCUGCCAUCUUGAGCGGUGAAGGCAACGAGAAGGUUCAGGAUCUUCUUCUGUUGGAUGUCACUCCUCUGUCCCUUGGUCUUGAGACUGCCGGAGGUGUCAUGACUGUUUUGAUCCAAAGGAACACCACCAUUCCCACCAAGAAGGAGCAGGUCUUCUCAACCUACUCGGACAACCAGCCUGGUGUGCUUAUCCAAGUCUAUGAAGGUGAGAGGGCUAGGACCAAGGACAACAACUUGCUCGGCAAGUUCGAGUUGUCCGGGAUCCCACCAGCACCACGUGGAGUACCACAGAUCAACGUGUGCUUCGACAUUGAUGCCAAUGGUAUCCUGAAUGUCUCUGCCGAGGACAAGACCACGGGACAGAAGAACAAGAUCACCAUCACCAACGAUAAGGGUAGGUUGUCCAAGGACGAGAUCGAGAAGAUGGUCCAGGAGGCCGAGAAGUACAAGUCAGAGGAUGAGGAGCACAAGAAGAAGGUCGAGGCCAAGAAUGCCGUGGAGAACUAUGCUUACAACAUGAGGAACACCAUCAAGGACGAGAAGAUUGCUGCCAAGCUCGAUGCUGCUGACAAGAACAAGAUCGAGGAUGCCAUCGAGAAGGCCAUCCAGUGGCUCGACAACAACCAGCUUGGUGAGGCUGAUGAGUUCGAGGACAAGCUGAAGGAGCUUGAAGGCAUCUGCAACCCCAUCAUCGCCAAGAUGUACUCUGCUGGUGGCGGCCCUGGCAUGCCCGGUGGUGGCAUGGAUGAAGAUGAUGUUCCUCCUUCAGGUAGCAGCGGUGCUGGUCCCAAGAUCGAAGAGGUCGACUAAGUUGUCUGUCAGGGUUUCUCAUCCCUGAGGGUUUUUACUUUUAUGGAUUGUUUUUGAAGAAGGAUAUUUUGUUUUAUUUUCUCAUUUGGAUUUUGUCGGGGGAGGGUUAAGUGAUUGCAAGCUGGUAGAUUGCUUAUUUUGAACUGGUGGAUUUUGCCUGAUGAAUGAUACUACCUCCCUUUGACAAUUGCAAUCUGUGUUCGUUAAUGAUUUUUAUCAUGUUGCUUUGUUCAUGUUUAUGCUU